UCUUCCAUUUCUCCCACAGUUUUUAAUCGCUCCUGCAAAGAUCUCUGCAAGGUGGACCGACACUCUUACACACCUGGAGACACCACCCGAGCUCUGAGUUUGGUGCUUUUACAGGAUCCAGAGAAGAGUCAUCGUCAUGAAUUGGACGUACUCAGCUUUAGAAAACUCAGAAAAACUUUGCGGAGGAGCAACAGCCAAUUUUCAAAAUGAGUGAAGAGUAUGUCUGAAGUAUUCCUCGGCCUUAUGACUGGACAAUGGGGGAUUCUGGAACACAAAUGUGUGCUUUUACUUUGAAACCUUUGCUAUGAAUCAUGGAGGAAAACAGUUCAUUUCUGAACUCUGGGUCCAAUGACAGCGCCGCAGUUUGGGCACUGAUGCCCUCAGCUCCCAGCAGACAGCUGGGCACCCUUCCCAGCUCGCAGACACAUUUCAAGGACCUGACAGGGAUAUUUUUCAUGGUGACCCUGAAUGUUCUGGCACUUCUCGCCAACACUGCUGUUCUGGUCGUUGUCAUGAAAGCUCCUCAUCUCAGGAAGUUUGCCUUUGUGUGCCACCUGUGUGCAGUGGACCUGCUGUGUGCCAUCCUGCUCAUGCCUCUUGGGAUUGUAUCCAGCUCUCCGUACUUUGCCGGUGUGGUGUUCACUGUGCUGGAGUGCCAGGUCUACGUCUUCCUCAAUGCAAUCCUCAUAGCUGCCUCAAUCUUCACCAUCACAGCCAUCAGCGUGGAGCGUUACUACUACAUCGUCCACCCCAUGCGUUAUGAGGUCAAGAUGACUCUGAAGCUGACUGCAGCGGUGAUAGUGAUGGUGUGGGUGGCCUCUGCUGUGCUGGGGUUGUCCACUGUGUUUGGGUGGUCGUCUUACACCAGCCUGAGCUCCAUCAGUGCUGCACACUGCUCGCUGCACUGGAGCUACAGUGAGCACAGACGAAUCUUCUCUGUGUUCUUCAGUGUCACUUGUUUCUGUCUGCCUGCUGUUGUGAUUUUUGCCGUCUACUGUAACGUGUACAAGGUGGCCCGUGUGGCUGCCCGCCAGCAUGGACCUCUGCCCUUGUGGACACACAGUCAAGUGAAGCAUCGCUCUGACUCAAUAAACAGCCAAACUACCAUCAUCACUACCCGCAACGCCCCACGUAGGAUUAUGCGUGACCGGCCUUUUGGUGGAAGUAAAGCUGCUUUCACUCUGGUGGUUAUUGUUGGUCAGUUUCUGAUCUGCUGGCUGCCUUACUUUGCCUUUCACCUCCAUCUGACGCUAGACCCAACACUCACCAUUCCCUAUGACCUGGAGGAAACAGUCAUGUGGCUGGCGUAUGCCUCCUUUGCCAUUAACCCAUUUUUUUAUGGGCUUCUUAACCGGCAGAUCAGGGAGGAGCUUUGUAAGCUGCGACGCUGCUACUCAGCUCGGCCAGUGGAGCUGGCCGUCUCCAGCCAUGAGGGCUCGGGCAACGAGAACUUCCUGCAGUUCCUCCAUAGGACCAGCUGCACUGUGGAGACACAGGCAAGCUUUGCCACAUCCAGCCCCAGAAGCACUUUGGAUCAAACUGGGCAGACUUGUUUCAGAAUACCAGGACAGAUUCCAGAAGAGUUUAAUUAGAUAUACCUCACUAUUGUGCCACAGCAUUAACAACCUGCAGGACUAUUAGAGCUACAAGAUAAAAAGUGAUCCGCAGAACUCGAUGACUGUCUGUAACCUUUAUUUACAUACAGUAAAAGUUAAGUUACAGCAUCAAGAAUUGAAUGGUGUUUAAAACCUGACAUACUUUUAUGAUUUUAUAUAAAGAUUACACUCAAACAAUACUAGAAAGAUGCUAAUGGACGUAGGUUCUUGAAUUAUUAUUAUGAUGUGACAAACAGCGAUAAAGUUACUGAUCUCAUAAGGAACAUUUUGUUUUUACUAGCAACUAAAGCAACUUUACUUUUUAUCUGUAAUCAUUGU